AAUAGGCGGUGGUAUACUGUUUUGUUUGGAGUGUCUGCUUUACUUUGUAAUAUUUUCCUUUCCGUUCGAAUGUUGGUAGUUAGGAGCGUCUGUAAUUAAUGGCCGAGCUGGGACUAACGGACGAUCAAAUAUCAGAAUUCGAAGAAGCGUUCAAACUCUUCGAUAGAGACGGCGAUGGAACGAUCACGACCAAGGAAUUGGGUAUCGUGAUGAGAUCAUUAGGACAGAAUCCUACCGAAGCUGAACUACAAGAUAUGAUAAAUGAAGUGGACGUAGACGGUAAUGGAACAAUCGAUUUCGACGAAUUCCUUAUAAUGAUGUCAAAGAAAAUGAAAGAAACCGACAUCGAGGAAGAAAUGAGAGAGGCGUUCAGAGUUUUCGAUAAGGAUGGAGAUGGUUAUAUAACCGCUUCUGAACUACAACAAGUAAUGUUAGCACUCGGAGAGAGUUUAAACGAAGAGGAUGUUGCCGACAUGAUCAGAGAAGCUGAUCAAGAUAACGAUGGAAAAGUGAACUUUAGCGAAUUUCAGCAAAUGAUAAAUACAAAAAUUUGAAUAGAGAUUGAA